GUGCUGAUUGGCUGAUCACACACAGGAGGUGAAGGUUGAAAUUUCUUUCUGUCAAAAACUGUCAACAGAGGAGAACAGCAUUGUUUUCAGUUUCAUACAUAAAUGCCUUCGUUUGGACUUCGCUGUAGUUAGCCCAGACAAUACCGUCAUGAGUGGUACAGUCCGACAGAUCACUGUAGCUACUGAUCCAGACCUCCCUUACUUCCUGCGAGUGGACUGGGCAUUAGACCUGGGUGCUGGGUUCACUUUGGCUCUCACUGAUGGCAACUCGGCAUGGAUCGGAGAAGUUUCAGAAGAUGAGGUGACAAGAGAGGCCAACGAUAUGGGAGCCACAAGAGAAAGAUAUGUUGAGGAUCUUCUUCAAGCGCUAACAGGAGGUGAAGGAGGAAGAGGAAGAGGAGGAAGGAGUGGAGGCGACAAGGAGGUGUAUUCUUUUCACUUCAGUCCAGAUCAUCUCUCAUAUCAGAAGAUCUGUAAUGACAUCUCGGUGCACUUGGGUUCAGUAGAGCUCCAGCCAGCUCCGGACCCUCUGGAGCUGAACCGGGAGAUGAUUGGCCAGUCCCUAAAGCGCAGAACAGAUCUGGAGUCAAAAAACUGCCAGCUGUUGAAGGAGAACUGUAGACUGAAACAGGAGCACCAGAGAAUACUCAGAGAGCUGGAGCAGCAGGUUGAGGAUAAGGAGAUGUUGGAGGAGAAGCUGUACUCACGUUUUGUCAUGGUACUGAAUGAGAAGAAGGCCAAGAUCAGAGGCCUGCAGGAUGCUCUCCGCCAGCUCCAACAGACUGAUGGCCAGCAGAGAGAUGAGGAAGGGAGACAAAGUGACUAUGACACAACUCACGAUGAAGACGACAGUCAGAACAGAAGAGAGGAGACAGUUCAGAGCAUCCAUCCAUCUCAGGAACCAACUAUUCUCAUCACAGGUUGUAAUCUGGUGUGCCAGGGCAUCACUCUGGACCGGACCUUUUCUGAUGAUGAAGAUGAACAACCGAGCCGGAAGCGUAGAUUGUGUCACACCCCGAGCCCGGAACCUUCUGAAUAAAAGGAAUAAAACCACAGAUGAUAUCCAGGACUCAUCAUGAACAUGAUUAAAGCCCUAAAUCUAAGGUUUUUCCUGAUGAACAGGUUUUCUUGAUCCCUCUCCAGCUACUGGCAAGCUACUUUCGGUUAGUCAACCCUCACCUCGAUACUCACAACCAAAACAGUGACAACCAGGCAACAGCGUCCUGGAGGUAUCCCCAGAGUUGAUGCCAGAUUUUGUCCCAGAUUGAGAAAGCAGUUCUCAGAAAGCCUGAGCAUGUCACUGCCAUCUGGUUUGCUUUAACUGUGACAAUUACCUGCCACAGCUCUCAGGAGAGACUUUUUGUUUGUCUCUCGUCUUCAAUAAAUCAAAAGACGAACAAUUAAUGACGCUAUCUUUUUUCCAAACACUCCAGACUGCGUGCUCCAUUCGGAGCUGCCGUCAAGACUUUGCCUAGAUGCGUUAGUGGUCAUGUGAUAACAGGCACUUAACGCCCUCCAGUGCUUCCUCGGGAACUGCUAGCGCUGCUAAUGACUUAGAGAACAUGGUAGAGAAUCUGGAGCAGGAGUAUGGAAGCAAUUUCUCAAGAGUUUGACUUCGCCCUGAGCUCGAAUUUGGCUGCCACGCCCCUCGACCUUGGCUCUGUGUGAGACCGGAGCAAGCGUAACAACUACUGAGGGACAACAGGUUACACCCAGAAAACAGGGUGUCACCAACAACCAGCCGAAGCUGCUUUGUUGCUGCUUAUUCAUCAUGUCUCGCUGAUGUUUUCCUCCCUCUUUUCAUUAUGAACAUAAACCAUGCGCCAUCUCUUUCAUUUCCACUUUCUAAACUAGCAUUUUGCGAACAAUAAUUUGACCUCCCCCUUGUUUCUCGUUUUCAUCUGCCCUUUUAUUCUCUAGAUGUUCUGUGGCCCAAACUACCUGAGGGGUGUUUUGGCAGAGGGUUAAUAGGGUUGUGUUCUUUCUCUGUCUUCACCUCUUCACCUCUUCCUUUACCUCUGCUACCAGCUUUAGGUCCUGAGGUCAUCACAGUGUGUCUUCACACUGACAGUAAUGAACCUACGGAGACCCAUUCAGGGACUUUAUCUGAACAUUCUACCUUUGACUUCUGGACCUUCAUGCUGUCUUUUACGGUUUUGAUGAUACCUAAAUGUCUGCUGAAGACCACGGGUGGCCGACGCCUGGAUAAUCCCACAACACGCGCUUGCUGGUUUAGUAAUCCCCACAGGAAUGUCACACUUUCUCCUCUACACAUCCCAUAGAUAAGGCAUUUUAUAAAGGGAGGCCCAGAUCAGUUUCUGAAGAUCAUUUACAGAUGAGUGAGUGCAUAACAACUCGCGAUGAGGAUGAGACAAAGUGUGAAAGAUUAGGAAACUAUACUGAAUGUGUCAGUCAGUGGUUUCAUUAAAAAUAUUACAAUAGCAUGCUGAGUUAUUGAAUGCAGAAUAUUGUAAAACAGGCAUAUUUGUGUUCUUUCCGUAUUUUGAAGAAAAGGAACAUAUAAAAAAAGGAAGGGUCAUUGCAUCACUGAACUCACAUUGGUGCCAAGGCUGGUAGUAUUCAACAUGUAUUUGAUUGUAAUAGAGCAUCUUUGUUAUCAAUAACUAACCAACCAUCAAACUGUUGAUGAUAUUCAGGAGGGCUAAGGUUAUCCAGCUCUCUUAAUAAUAAUGUUUUAUAUUAUUGUCAGGAGGAAGCAGUAAUUGUCAAAUUGCAAAUGCCUCUAUAAAUCUGGACCUUUAUACCGAUACUUGCAAUAUUUGAAUGUCACAAUGAUGUAAUGACCCUUACUUUAUAUGUUCCUUGAUUUUGAAUUGAACCUGAUGAUACAAUUGUAUUAUAUUAAAGACAUUCUAAAUGUUUCAAUCAGUUGAUUCACAAAUAUAUAUUUUUAUUUUAUUUUAGAUAUAACAAAUGUUCCCUGGAAAUGUAUUACAAAUACAUAAAGGAUAGAGUAAUAAUUUAAUAUGUGAAAUGUAAAUGUUUUUGAAACGUCUACUGAGUUAAAAUCUGUUGUGAAUUGUCUCACAAGACAAGGCAUGUUAAUAUCAACCUGACUUGAAUAAACAUUUUACUUUGCAAUG